UGUUCUUGCCCUGACACAGCAUGUUUGAAAAGCUCCUGCAGGCUCCUGCUUUGGCCUCCUGGUUGGGGCUUCUUGCAGGCUUGCUGGCCGUCUAUCUUUUGUACUCCAGUUGGACUUUCCAAGAUAAACAGAAGCAUCCUCCUGGGCCCAGACGUCUUCCUUUGAUUGGUAACCUGCAUCAGUUGGAUCUCAAGAGGCUUGAUAAGUCUCUUUUUAAACUGUCUAAAAGGUACGGACCGGUGUUUACCGUCUACUUGGGACUCAAGAAGGUGGUGGUCCUGGCUGGAAGCAAGACAGUCAGACAGGCUCUCAUCAACCAUGCUGAGGAGUUUGGGGAGAGAGAAAUCACCCCUUUAUUCCACGAUUUCAACAAAGGGCAUGGCAUAGGAUUCUCCAACGGUGAUAGCUGGAAGGAAAUGAGGCGUUUUACCUUAACGACUCUGAGAGAUUUUGGGAUGGGCAAGAGACUCAGUGAGGAGAAAAUCACUGAGGAGUGUCACUACCUGAUUGAAGAGUUUGAAAAACAUGGAGACAAAGCCUUUGACAACGCAACGAUCAUCACCUACGCAGCUUCAAAUAUCAUUUCUGCCAUCAUAUUCGGACAGAGGUUUGACUUCAAAGAUCCAGUCCUCCAAGAAAUGGUGGAAAAUGACAGAGAAGGCAGCCGUCUGUCUGCAUCAGCUUCCCUUUUGAUCUACAAUACGUUUCCAAUGCUGGGUCCCUGGCUUAAAAACUGGAGGGAUUUCAUGAAAACAGUGCAGGAUAACAACCGGCAUAUGUUGCACUUAAUAAACAAACUAAGGGAGACUUUCAAUCCUGACAUAUGUCGGUGCUUUGUCGAUGCUUUCUGCACACGUAAGCUGAGUCUGAAGGAGUCUGACGCUCAGAGGGUGCACUACCAUGAUGACAACCUGGUCAGCAGCGUGACGGAUCUGUUUGGGGCUGGAACUGACACAACAUCAAACACUCUUUGCUGGAGUCUACUUUUAAUGGCCAAAAACCCUCAAAUACAAGAUCGGGUCCAGGAGGAGCUUAGUAGGGUGGUGGGAGACCGUCAGAUCACAAUGGAGGACAGGAGGAACCUGCCUUACAUCGAUGCUGUCAUCCACGAGAUGCAGAGGUUCUCCAACAUUGUCCCCAUGUCCAUCCCUCACAGCACCAGCAGAGACGUCACCUUCCAGGGAUACUUCAUUGAAAAGGGGACCACUGUGCUCCCUCUGCUGACAUCUGUCCUCUAUGAUGAGAGUGAGUGGGAGACACCAAACACCUUCAACCCUUCCCACUUCCUGGACGAGGAGGGUAAAUUCAUCAGGAGGGAUGCUUUCUUGCCCUUCUCUGCAGGCCGCAGGGCUUGUCUUGGGGAAGGUCUGGCCCGGAUGGAGCUCUUCCUCUUCUUCACACACCUCCUGCAGCGCUAUCGAUUCACCCCUGCACCCGGGAUGUCAGAGGAUGAGCUGGAUUUGACCCCAGUGGUGGGCUUUACACUCAGUCCUCUACCACACCAGUUGUGUGCUGUCAGUCGCCACUAAGGAGGAGUUGUUUGGAUAAAAGUAAAAGGAGUGUCUAAUACCUUUGCACUCAGUCUGUCAAUUUUGGAUCAAUGAUUAACAUUAUUAACAUUAUAACUGGAUAAGAAUAUCAAAGGACUGCUAAUAAUGACCAAAAUGAAAUAUUAUUUUUUUUACCUACUCUAUAUUAGACAAUGUGUAUGUAAUUGUUUUAAAGUGGUCUAAAACCAUAUACAUUUUGUUUUGUAAUUGUUGAUUACAAACCCCGUUUCCAUAUGAGUUGGGAAAUUGUGUUAGAUGUAAAUAUAAACGGAAUACAAUGAUUUGCAAAUCCUUUUCAACCCAUAUUCAGUUGAAUGCACUACAAAGACAAGAUAUUUGAUGUUCAAACUCAUAAACGUUUUUUUUUUUUUUUUGCAAAUAAUAAUUAACUUAGAAUUUCAUGGCUGCAACACGUGCCAAAGUAGUUGGGAAAGGGCAUGUUCACCACUGUGUUACAUGGCCUUUCUUUUUAACAACACUCAGUAAACGUUUGGGAACUGAGGAGACACAUUUUCAAGCUUCUCAGGUGGAAUUCUUUCCCAUUCUUGCUUGAUGUACAGCUUAAGUUGUUCAACAGUCCGGGGGUCUCCGUUGUGGUAUUUUAGGCUUCAUAAUGCGCCACACAUUUUCAAUGGGAGACAGGUCUGGACUACAGGCAGGCCAGUCUAGUACCCGCACUCUUUUACUAUGAAGCCACGUUGAUGUAACACGUGGCUUGGCAUUGUCUUGCUGAAAUAAGCAGGGGCGUCCAUGGUAACGUUGCUUGGAUGGCAACAUAUGUAGCUCCAAAACCUGUAUGUACCUUUCAGCAUUAAUGGUGCCUUCACAGAUGUGUAAGUUACCCAUGUCUUGGGCACUAAUACACCCCCAUACCAUGACAGAUGCUGGC